GGGGAGGAGAGAGUUGCUACUGACCGUAUAUGACGUCACUACUGCCGCUACCCACUCACACUUCAUUAUGUAGAUGAUUUCAGGGGUAAGGUGGUCACCGCCCUGUGUCUCACUACCACCACCACCACCACCACCACCACCACCACAACCACCACCACCACCACCCUGGGCUCGGCGUGACGCUGGUGCAAGCUUCACCACCACCACCAUUAUCAUCAUCCUCAUCAUCAUCAUCAACACAACCACUACUGCCAUCGUUAUCACCGCCACCACCACCACCAUCACCAACAUUACCACUACUACCUUCGUUAUCUCCGUCACCACCACCAUCGUUAUCACUCACACAACGCCAAAACAACAACAAGCACUACUACCACUAACGCCACACACACCACCACUACUACCACCAUCACGCCCACAACCACGCCCACCUCACCGCCAGCGUGCCGCCCACCAGAGCCCCCGGCAUGGCUCAACUGGAAAUACCGUCCAUAGUGGUGCACAACGGGUCGACCAGCGCCCCCGGCAGCCCCAGCAUGGAACGGGCGGUGAGACCCCUCCGCCCUCAUAGAACACUCUCCAAACAGGUUUCUCUGUUGGAUGAUGACUGUGAUGAGGGUGUGGAUGAUGGUGGAGAUUUGCUGCCGGACACACCACCUACACAUCCACACCCUCACACUCCACCACCCACUCCACCUGGUGCACGCGGAGUGUCUCCAUCAUCACCUUCAGCUAAUUUCACACACCACCAAAGUGGCCCACCACAUGGUCCAGGGCCUGGAGGAGGAGGUGGAGGAGAUGGUGGGGGAGGUGGAGGGCUGAACACUCAGGUGGGCCAUGGUGGGUUGGGUCAUGGUGGAUCGAAUCAUGCUGGGCCAAAUCAUGGCAGCCAGGGGCAUUCGGCCCAGGGUCAGGGACGCUCCAAGUCCUUGGAGCUACACCAACAACGCUCAACAGACUCAGACAAAGAAGCUCCACUAGUUACCUCAGCCAGACAUAGGCACCAUGGGGGAAAGGCUAAACUCUUGCAACGAAGUCAUGCCAUGCAAGAGGACUCCUCUCCUCCACCAGAACUGCUGGAGUCUGCUGCACCUUCCUCGCACUGCAACACCAACAGUGGUGGAAACACCCUCACAGUAUCAUCAGGCGGUGGAGGCCGUAGGAGACUUAAGCAUCAAGGAUCUUCACAAGGAUCAUUUGAUGGCUCCUCUCCUUGUCUCUCUAGAGACUCAUCAAUGGAGUAUACAGACAGUAGUGGGGUAGAUUUACAGCAGUUCAUAAUUCAAACUUUACACAAGAACCAAAAAGACCGUAUGAUGCUACUUAAGAUUGAACAUGAACUAGUCAGCCUUGUUAAGGAUACCAAACGAACCCACCAUAAAUUUCCUCCAAUGUCUUCUUACCAACGAAUGCUUGUCCAUCGGUGUGCUGCAUUCUUUGGACUAGAGCAUAAUGUUGACCAAGCUGGAACUGCCGUUAUUGUUAAUAAGACACGAAAUACCCGUCUUCCUGAGACGCGUUUCAGAGAUCACUGCCGAGACGAUCUUCUGGUGCCAGAUGAGCCGAAGAGAUCGAUCCUUAAGAGGGACUCCUCAUCCUUUGAUGAUGGGUCAAAUUAUAAGUCAUUGUCAUCUGCUGAUGGUUUGGGCGAUUCACCUGUCAGAAGUCAUGAUUCACGGAGAAAUUCACAAGAUGACACGCGAUGGCAUGAUUCCAGAAGCUGGACAUUUAUGGACUCUGAGAUGUCUCAUCGAAAACAUCACUAUGACAAUCAUAGAUUAAGACCUGGAAGAUUACCAAAAGUAGAAUCAUUUGAAAGCAGAGAUACCCUUCAUCCAAGAUCAUUACGACCUCCUGUGUUUAAAUCACAUAGUUUUGGGGGCUACGGUGGUGGAAUAACAGUAUUGUCUCGAGGAGAAUCUGUGUCCAGUAAUCUCUCUUCAUCUAGAUUAAGUAAACAAGACUCGACCAGUAGUAGGAUAAGUGAUCUGAGUAUGAGUUCAGGAUAUAAAUCACAACGGCAAGACACCAGUUCUACAAAUGUCUCAAACACACUCUCCACCACUCCAUCCCCAACUACUAGUCAAAACCAACAGUCAUCCAACAGUCAGGUUGGUAUGUGGGGUGGUGAAGGGGAUAGCCAGGCAGUGAUGUGGGCCGUCACAGACAUGGAAGCUGUGCCUCCAGGGGCCAUGUUAAUUAAUCCACAGAGUGGGCAGCCAUACAUGAACUCUGAUGGGUCAGUAUAUCGUUUUGACCCCAACAAUCCACCACAGUUGAGUCCUGGUGUCAGCGGUAAUAGUUCCAGUGAAAAAGAUUCAUCUGAAAAAGAUACAACAAGUCAGCCAUCAGGUGGUUCAGAUGGAAGUGGAACAACAUGUAUAACUCAAAUCCCAGCUGUUUCUCCACCCUCUCCACACGAGUUGCCUCCACCAGUCUCGACCAGCGUCCGGAGUCCCCCAACUAAACAACAUAGUCUUCAGCAAACCUCACCUGAACCUGCACAAACAGGUGUGGUGAGCAGUGGUGUGUCCAGCAGUGAAGUUAAAGAAGCAGAAAGUAGUAGUGGGCCAGGCAAUGGAGGAACAAGUGAGGCCAUUGUACAGCACACACCACAAGUCAUCUAUCCACAGUAUUACCAGUUAGAUUCUAGAUCGUUUUCACAGGAGGGACAUGUAAACGAAGUGGCAAACCAAAUACGAGGGUUAUGUUUAAGUGGGCCAAGCAGUGGAGGAGAUGGUGGCACUGAUCUUACACCAGUACAAGCAUCAGCUGCACCUUUACCUCAGAGUUAUAUUGUUCCUAGACAACACUAUACACAGCCUGUAUACUACAUGCCAUCGGGUAGUGUUGCCAACAUGAGUGGUUCCCUCAAAUAUGUAUAUCCUCAGUACCAGAUGGCUCCUGUGCAGGCAACCCCUGCAGGUGUUCAGGCACCCGCUGGAGUUCAACCUACAGGUAUACAGCAGGUGCAGAGCAUGUCUGCAGUAUCCACAGUGCCAGCUGUGGCUGGGGCUAUUCCCACAGCUCCAGUGCCACCCACAGCACACCAUCCCUCCAUGGACCAUAACCCUGCACUGCCUCCAGGUGGAGGCUAUCUUCCAGGAGGCUACACAGUUGUGACAUACCCAGCUGGUGGUAGUGUUGGGGGAGCCAGUAAUGGCCAAGAAACAGGUGGCACUACCUAUUACUAUCAGUUGCCUGCUGCAGGUGCUGCACUCGCUGGACCUAUACCAGCUGGUCAGCCAGCAUCAAGCCUACAACAGUACACUCUUACUCCUUCAACCUCUACCACUACUUUUCCUCAGAUGGGUAGCAGCAUGGGCUACUACACAGCGAACGGCAUGCCAGGGGGUGCCGUGUACCAGACCAUGGGGGGCAUGCAAGGUAUGUCUGGAGGAAUGUAUGGAACUCCCCAAGGCCCCACGGCAGCAGGUCACACUACUACUGUCUCCUACAGGGCACCAACACCCCCACAGACACCUAGUACACAGGGCAUGAGUAUGAACCUAGGGUAUGUGAGUGGCGGCAGUGGGGGGGUUGGGGUUGCCCCAGCUGGGGGCGUAGGAGGGCAAUAUAUGGCAAUGGUCCCACCCCAGCAGCCCCCCACCCCCACAUCCCACGCCCCUCCCCAGCUCUUCACCUUCUUUAGGCCUUCUGUACAGAUGAUGGGUGGGUCAGCAGGGACUCCUCCACCGCAACCUGUGUUGCAGUAUGGGGGUGGUGCAGCCCCACCUACAGGCCCUCCAGGGACUGUCACCCCACAUCCUCCUGUGUUUGCUAAGCCUUACAUGGGGCCAACCAUGCACACCAUCAUGCCAGGACCCUUACCAGACCAGUCAGGUAUAGGCAAGGAUGACAAGCGGCUUAUGACCAUAACACAAAAUAUGGGUGGUGCUCCUGGUGGUCCCACAGCUCAACUUCUGGCUAGACCUUACUCCAUCAUGCAAAGUGAUAUGCGGAUAUUUGGGGGGACAAGUGGGCUUCCCAACACAGGUGGGAUGAGUGGUGGCAGCCUGCCUGGUGGUGGGGCUCCAGGACACAUACGGGCUGCUCCUUUACUUCUCACUGGGGCACGCCCAAGACCUCCGAAUGCCUUCACUCCCAACCCACUUGCCCCCCUGAGUCUAAGACCACCUAAAGUGCGCAGGCAGAGGUCACGAACUUCUUAUGUCCGUAGCACAGAAGUUAUGACACCUCAGCUGUCGGUGGAAGGCCAGGAGUCCAAUGAUUGAGAUUAUUAUCCUGCUAUGCUUUGAAGCAAUCAUCUCCAUUCAAGCUUUUACAGUGGGAGUAAUAUAAAAAUUAAGUAAAGUUAUGUGAUGCUUAUCACAAAAUUUUCACGUAUCUCCUAGAUAGGUGCUGCAAUGAUGGUUGAUGAAAGCCUUAUGUAGUGUCUGUUGAGUUCUGUAUGAUUUCAACACCCAAUCUGUUGAAUAUUAUAAACUCUGUGUUGAGGAUUAUAAGUGUAGCGAUAGUGCGAUGGAUAAUCCUCAACCACAGCCAUGUAAGAACACCAUGUGUUAAUAUUGUAAGGAAAUACAGAUACAAGUAGAAAUGCAAGGUGCAAAUAAAUUUAUUUUUUGUGAGUUUCUGGCAGACUAGAAUUACUGAAUGUUAAUAUAAUUUAUAAAAGUAAUAUAAUACCUCAAAAGUCCUGAGCUAAAUGGUGCAAUAUUAAAGAGGAAACAUGCAGAGAUCUGUUUUGGAGAGACACUGAGGUUAAUUAAUACAGUUGAGGGGAAGGGUUUUAGUGUUGUCUUAGUUUCCCAAGAAGAGUAUUUUCUUUUAAUAUUUGUGACAUCUGUAACAGAUUAGUUUUGUACACAUGACUACAUACUGCUCAUAUUCCUCCACCUCAGUUUAUUACUUGCAUCACAGUCAUUCAUAGUUCACCAUUCCCUGUCCACUUUGUGAGGUCAUCACUCUUGAGUACUGUCUUACAGCUUUUCAUAAUUAUGUAAAAAUACUUUUUGUAUAAAGUAAUGUAAUUAAUUUUUUUAACUGGUCAUUCUGUAUAUUUUUUUUUAUAUAUGUUUUAAACUAAUUUGACAUUUGUACAGUACGUAUAUUAUUUGCAUUAACAAUUAAU